GGAGCGCCCGCCUCAGGCUCGGCCCCUCGCAUCGCGUCCCGCUGCAACGCGCCUGCCGCUCGCAGCCCCCGCCCGCCGCCGUCCAGCGGAUGCGAGCCCCAGCCGCCUGCGCCGGGGGACCAGCCCGGCUUCCUGAUGGAGAGAUUGAAAAGAAAUAGUAAUCUUCUUGGUUUGCAGACUGUGGGCAACAUGGAACAGCCAUUCACUGUUAGUUCAUUGAAAAAGUUAGCAGCUAUGCCUGACCACACAGAUGUUUCAGUGAGCCCAGAGGAGCGAGUACGUGCCUUAAGCAAGCUUGCCUGUAAUAUAACAAUCAAUGAGGAUAUUACGCCGCGUCGUUACUUUAGAUCCGGAGUAGAGAUGGAGCGCAUGGCAUCUGUAUAUCUGGAGGAAGGAAACCUGGAGAAUGCUUUUGUUCUUUAUAAUAAAUUUAUAACCUUAUUUGUAGAAAAGCUGCCCAGUCACCGAGACUAUCAGCAAUGUUCAGUACCAGAAAAACAGGAUAUCAUGAAGAAACUGAAAGAGGUUGCAUUUCCAAGGACAGAUGAAUUGAAGAAGGAUCUUUUAAAGAAAUAUAACUCAGAAUACCAAGAAUAUAUGCAAGACAAAAACAAGUGUAAAGCUGAAUUCUUAAAGAAACUGGAGCAGCAGAGGCUGAUAGAAGCAGAAAAGAAGAGAAUUGCACAGAUGCGACAACAGCAGCUUGAAACGGAGCAGUUUCAGUUCUUUGAAGAUCAGCUUAAGAAGCAAGAACUAGCCCGAGAUCAGAAAAUUAAAGAGAAUAUGGUUAUGUCUGAGCAGAUUGAUGGAAGUGUGUUGUCUUGCAUUUCUAUGCAUCAGAAUAACUCCUUAUCUACCACAUUUUCUGAGAAAGCCAGUAAGAGUGAUGCCUCUGUUUCAGCUGGACAAUCUCCUCCAGUAAACCAGGCCUUAAAGCCAGCAGCCACUUUAAGCACUGUUCAGAAUCAAAUGGCUGAAGCACUCCGAGGUGUAGUUUUACCCACAGAUCUUUGUCACAAAUUUCUGCUGCUAGCAGAGGCAAAUACAGUAAGAGGAAUAGAGACAUGUGGAAUUCUCUGCGGAAAACUGAUUCAUGUUCAGCAUUUGUUCAUUAGAAGACCAUUAAUUCAAGUCAUCUUCCUACCAUGUGUUUUACAGACACAUAAUGAAUUUACUAUUACCCAUGUAAUAGUGCCAAAGCAGUCUGCAGGACCGGAUUACUGCGACAUGGAGAAUGUGGAAGAAUUAUUCAGCGUUCAGGAUCAACACGCUCUCCUCACUUUGGGUUGGAUCCAUACGCAUCCAACACAAACUGCAUUCUUAUCCAGUGUUGAUCUUCAUACUCAUUGUUCUUAUCAGCUAAUGUUACCAGAGGCUAUUGCAAUUGUUUGUUCACCAAAACAUAAUGACACUGGGAUCUUCAGACUUACUAAUGCUGGCAUGCUUGAAGUUUCUGCUUGUAAAAAGAAGGGGUUUCACCCACACACUAAGGAGCCUAGACUAUUUAAUACCUGUAAACAUGUAGUUGGGACAGAAACAAAAAUAACUGUGCUGGAUCUGAGGUGAUGCUGAUGGAAGAUAAAUGGCCUACCAAACAGAUGCCACAUGGAGAAAAAUGGCUGGCAGAUUUUCCAAUGAUGUUUUUCAGCAAUUACUGAUGUUUUAUAUUUAUACAUUUUAGAUUUAAUGGUUUGAUAUUUAUUGGUCUUGCCAUUUUCAAGUUAUUUUGUUCUGUCAAGACAGAGUUCACAGUGAAAUAAAACAAAAUCUGUACAUGUAUCUGAAUAAUAUGAUACAACAAUAAAGUGAGCUUCAAACAACAA